AUGGUACGCUCUUUUCAUACUUUCUUUUCAAUCCAAGAACCGCCCUGCUACUUUUUCCAUCAUUAAAUCAUCUCUGUGAAGAGAGAAGUAACUCUUUCUGACUCAACACAGCAGAGACCCCGGCAGCACAGGAUGGCUUCCAACGGAUUCAAGUCGCCCGCUCCUGUCCUUCCCGCCAUGGGGCUGCACUCUUUCCACAAUGACUCCCCACCAUUCGGGGGUACAGCCACUUCCGAAAUGCCAGAUGUCCCCUCUCUCUCUCUCGAACCCCAGCAACACUCUCGUCCAGUACUUUCGACUAAUCCUUCCGCGCGCCAACAAGGUCCUGCUCGCACAGCAUCGAACACCUCUCAAACCAUCUCAAACCCCGAACCUGUAUCCUCUGGCACAAGGGAAACCCCAUCUAAAGCCAUCUCGUCACUCAAGAGCAUUCAGCCCCCGACUCCCCCUGUACCCAUCACAUCAGACGACGAACUUUCUUCUACUCGAUCUCGUCGACUCAUAUCAGGCUAUCUUUUCGGUAACCCGCCUUCACCCACCUGUACUGGUCCAGAGACUUCUCCAGUCACUGCAGCUUCUCACACGUCAACAGCGGAGGAGAGCCGUGAUCCUAUGAUGAGCCGUAAAUUCAGUCCGACUUUGGAGAAGGCUCGUGAUGUCGAGAACAGGAUGGCAGAGGAACUUGACUCACCACCUUUGACUGACGAUAGCCAGAUUGACCCGAGAGACGCCCUUGAAAUGGACAGUACACCUCCACCACCCUCUCUCGAAUCCCCCAAACCUGCAAACAGCGACCUUGUAUCCAUGAACGAGCCUCUCUCUUCAGACGUUGGAGCUGGGGAAGCGAAAGUGAAGGGGAGAAAGUCUGAACGGGCGAGAAAGCGGGAGACGGGUUAUGAUGCGCUGGAAGGGAGGAAUGACGGGGAGGCAGAUCUUGAUCUGAAUGCUCCCCAGGCGGAAGGUGGCGGUAGUGGGGCGUACCUUGCGGGGAAGGCGGAGUACAGAUUCCCUCGGCACAGACUGAGAACAAAGAUGCAUGACGAAAACAAGAUUCCACUAGUCAUUGUCGCCUGUGGCUCCUUUUCCCCUCCUACUUACCUCCACCUUCGUAUGUUCGAGAUGGCCAAAGACGAAAUUGUCGAGUCUCAGACAUACGAAAUCAUGGCCGGCUACUAUUCCCCCGUAUCAUCGUACUACAAAAAAUCCGGCCUUGCCCCUGCCCCGCAUCGAGUACGCAUGUGCGAGCUCGCCGUUGAACAUACCUCCACUUGGCUCAUGGUCGACCCUUGGGAAGCCGGUCAACCAGAGUAUCAGCGUACAGCCUUCGUACUUGACCAUUUCGAUGAGAUGCUCAACGGUGGCGAACAUGGUAAAGGCGGACUUGUGAUGCGCGAUGGGACGAGGAGACGGUACAAGAUUAUGCUUCUUGCGGGAGGUGAUUUGAUUGAGAGUUUUGGUGAACCAGGAGUGUGGAGUGAACCGGAUUUGCAUGUGAUUCUGGGCAGGUUCGGGUGUUUAAUUGUGGAAAGAGCUGGUUCAGAUGUUUGGGCGUUCUUGCUUUCUCAUGACAUACUGUAUCAUCACAGACGGAACGUGGUCGUGAUCAAGCAAUUAAUUUACAACGACAUUUCGUCUACGAAAGUCCGAUUAUUCGUCCGCAGGGGUAUGAGCAUCAAGUACUUAUUACCCAACAGUGUCAUCCAGUACAUACAGGAUAACAAGCUUUACCACGGGAGCGAUCCCAAGGGGAUGAUUGGGAAACAUUAACAUUAGAGCCAGGCGAGAAGAGUGUCUGGGGGAGAACCGUGCGAGGGAUCUUUUUGUUUUGUCUUGAGGUAAUAGAAUUAAUUUUUCCUUCGUUCUUAUCU